GUCAAGACAAAGCAAAACUAUCGCCACCAAGAUUAUCUGAACAAUCAUACAAGAUUUAUAGGCUACACACAGUUAAUGGCUCGGUCAAGCCUCGCUUGGUUCGUUAUGCCUCGUAUGUGACCCUUUCCCCUGUUUGAACGCCCCUCAACAUUCUCUACACAUACAUUAUUGCACUCUCCAAAGGAAGAAGACCCCGAGCAGACCACCAACAACCCAACAUCCGUGACCACGCCAAGACAGCUCCACCGAAACCAACAACUCAAACGGUGGUAAAUUUAACUGAUUUCAAGCCCAUGCUCAGGGGUGCAAGGUUUAUAGGACAAAAGGUGUCAUUUCUUGAAUGCAGAGAGUGAACUGACUGUGCUGUACAGAGGCUGACUGUUCCUCUGCUGGUUACGCGCUCGUCUUUCAUUUUAUUUAUAUGUGGGUGAGCAAGUGUAGCACCUCCCAGCUUCUUUGGUCAUAGAUCUGGUCUCCCCUUGUAGACUAUACACUUACUGUACGUACAACAUGCAUGUUAGAUUUAGCGCGGUCCUAUAGCUGAGGAGGGACCCUAGGCUUGUCCAAAGGGCCCCCUCAUUCUCACCACCAUCCACGAUCUCUCUCCUGUACUUCGGAUCGCAAGAUAGUGCUGAAACAUGCCGAGACACUUGCAGUGCAGCUCGGUUCCAUCCCAGGUCGGCGUGGCGGGUUCUGUUUUUUAACUGGAUCUACUCUGGGGCAUGGUCUGCCUCACCACAGCUGAAGAGAACUAUUGCAAAUGACUUAAAGGUGCAAAGAGUAGCAAUAACUGCCCAAUAGCGAGGUGAAGAAUACAGAAGAUAUAUACACCAAUAUUCAAAUCGAUGUUCGAUCAAGCCACGAAUAUGGGGGAUGAGAUCGGCGAGGAUCGCAACAACCACCGCCUUGGAUCCAACUCUCAGUGCCGUGACGGGAUAGACAAAUGCCAUACCGAACUUGGGGGCAGGUCGCCGGUGCAGAGCACAACCGAUACCCCGGGUACAUCGGCUUCCACCCCGACCUCCUCCAGUGAAGACGGACAUGAUAAACUUUUAGGAGUGGACCCAGACUACUGCCGGAGGAUUUUAGUUCGAGAUGCCAAGGGCACCAUCCGGGAGAUCGUGUUGCCAAAGGGUCUGGACCUCGACAGGCCAAAACGAACGCGGACAUCAUUCACCGCCGAGCAGCUCUACCGACUCGAGCUGGAGUUCCAGCGCUGCCAGUACGUAGUCGGCCGCGAGCGCACUGAGCUGGCGAGGCAGCUGAACCUGUCCGAAACACAAGUCAAAGUGUGGUUUCAGAACCGUCGUACCAAGCAGAAGAAAGACACAACCAAAGACUCUGACAAGCGCUCCUCCUCCACCUCCGAGUCGCUGGCCACCUGUAACAUCCUGCGCCUCCUUGAGCAGGGGCGCCUCCUCUCCGCCCAGCCCCCUAACCCCCUACUGGGCACCCACCACCCAGGAAACGGCUCUCUUUUGGGCAGCCCCGGAGGCUCCUCCUCCUCGCCGGGUAGCAGCACACCACCGAGAAAUGGCGUUCAUGGGAUGGGCGGGACUUUCGGGCUGUCGUUGCCCUCCCUGGGUGGGACUCCGCCCUCGUCGCGUCUGGGCGUGCCGCCGUCGCACUCACUGUGCUUCUCCAUGCCACUGCUAGGGGGUGCUCAUCAUGAACUGGCAUCCGGGUAUGGGUGCGGAUCCUCUGCGUUCGAACCCUACAUGCGGCUGGACAGGAUCUCCAAGGAUGGCGAUCUGACUGGGAAGAAGACAGUUUCCUAAGGGGCGGCUACUUGGGGUUUUGGGAUGGGGUUGGGAUGACUCCCCCCUCUCUCCCUCCAUCUGGUCUACCACCACCUAUCCGCACACCAACAUUGUUGUCCGUCGUUGGUUGGAUCACCAACAUCAUUGUCCAAGAUUGGCUGACAAGGAUGGACAGACAGACAGCUGGGUGGAGGUGCACCUCAGAAGGAGCAGGGCUAUCCUUGCGCAGCCGUGUUGUGUCAUUGGUUGCACCCUGUACCCACCCGUUCUCCAGCUACUUGCUACUGAAUAUCGUCUAUAGAUUACAUUACAAGGAGUGCAACCAGUUACCCCUUCAAUACAUUACAUACUUCCCAGCAAAAUCAUCAUGUGUGGCAGCUUUCUGCCAGAACGUUCUAAGUAAAAUAAUCAUACACUUUAGCAGUUUCUAAUAUUAGUUCGUAUUGUAUAGUGUCCAACACUGAUUUCUGUAAAUUCUUUAUUUGGUUGGUUCUGUGUGUGUUUUAAAAUGUGGACAAAUGGUGUGUAAACUAAAGCUAGUCUUAGGUCAAAUCCAUGCUAAGAAAUAUAAAAAGAAAAGGUACAGGGGAUAUGUCCUUGCCAAAGUAAUGGGUUAGCGAUAGCGCUGUUAGCUUCAUCUCUGCUCUGCGCUACACCCUCACAUUGUUUUGUCGUACAAUUAACUGGAGUAAAUUCGAGGUCAACCUGAUGAGCUUGACCCACUGACCUUUUAUCCCCUCCCAUGACAUGAACUCUUGAUAUGUAAUUCACCAGUGAAGCAGUAUCACUUUGCCCGCAGUAUGCGUUACCAUUGGCUACAGAGACUACUCUCUAGUUUAAAGCAAGCAGGUUACCCUGACGACCCCGUUCAGAUAAUCUCAGAAUGUUUUGGAACACAAAGGGUUUAUCAUCAUGGGGGGGUGGGGGAUUUGUAUUUGUUUUUAGUGUACAUAAAAUGCAACCCAUCUAUCCGGUACGUAUACUACCGCAUCACCUGGUAUUCACCACUCAUUCUCUUGUGGUUGAAUGUUGAUCACCUAGGUUUGGUGCACAGACACAGACAGACAGACACAGACAGACAGACACAGACAGACACACACAGACAGACACACACAGACAGACACACACAGACAGACACACACAGACAGACACACACAGACAGACACACAGACACACAGACACACAGACAGACAAUUCCUACUUAACCGGUCCAUAUCAAUACUUCUCCUUAUCUCAUGGAACUCUGUGUGUGAUGUUCUGAUAGGUCAACACACACAGGAUGCAGUACGCGUCAUUGCUUUUUAACUGUUUUUAAUGUAAAUGUUUUCUCAGAUUGGUACUUUCAAAGCCACUUGCUUCUUUUUCCCUUCUCUUGUUGUUAUUAUUUAAAUGGUAUUUGGCUAUUCCCUCCCAGACACUCUCCUGUGCACAAGACUCAUCCAAUGUUUGAUUUCCAUUAAUUUACCUUUGAUAUAAAGCACUUUAUGUUCCUAGAA